AUAAGCUACAAAAUCAUUAAACCUAACUUUCCCCAUCUGCACCCCAAAGCAAGCACAUCCCUUGUUUUAAAACCUCGUACAACUCAUCCCACAUUGCCUCCAAAAAUCCCACCUCUUCCCCGUCCCAAAGCACAAUUAUCAAACCAUGUCUUCUUCUUCUUCUUUUUCACCAAACAACCUUCCAUUGAAGCCAAUCCCUGGAGACUAUGGCUGGCCAUUUUUUGGACACAUCAAAGAUCGCUAUGACUACUUCUACAACCAAGGCCGAUACGAUUUCUUCAAAACCAGAAUAGAAAAAUACCAGUCCACAGUCUUCCGCACAAACAUGCCUCCCGGCAUCCUCAUCCCUUCGAACCCUAAAGUCAUCGCUCUGCUCGAUGCCAAGAGCUUCCCAAUCAUCUUUGACAACACCAAAGUCUUGAGACGCGACGUUUUGGACGGCACUUACAUGCCCUCCACCGCCUACACCGGCGGCUACCGCGUCUGCGCUUAUCUUGACCCUUCGGAGCCCAACCACGCCACUCUCAAGAGCUACUUCGCAGCCCUACUCGCUUCUCAGCACACCAAAUUUAUACCCCUCUUCCAGAGCUCCGCCUCUGACAUGUUUCUCAAGUUGGAAGCCCAACUCUCCAAAGAUGGCAAGGCAUACUUCAACACACUGAGCGACGACAUGUCGUUCAAUUUCGUUUUUGAGCUGUUUUGUGGUCAGAGCCCGUCAAACACAAAGCUCGGCUCCAAAGGGCCCAGCCUGGUCACUCUUUGGCUCUUUCCACAGCUUGCCCCUCAGAUUACGUUUGGGGUGCCAAAGUUUCUAGGGUUUGUUGAAGAUUUCUUGCUGCACACGUUCUCCUACCCUGCCUUUCUCGUCAAAUCCCCUUACAAGAAGCUGUACGAUGCCUUUUACGAGUCCGCCGCUUCGGCUUUGGACUUGGCAGAGGGUAAAUUCGGACUUUCACGCGAGGAAGCUUGUCACAAUCUGCUGUUCGUGGCUGGCUUCAACGCAUUUGGUGGCAUGAAGCUUUUGUUUCCUGCUUUGAUCAAGUGGGUUGCGUCAGGAGGAGAGGAGCUGCACCGCGAGCUCCGUAACGAAAUCAGAACCGUUCUUAAAGAAAGCGAAGGUGAAGUCACUUUUGCAGCGCUGGAGAAGAUGACUUUGACUAAAUCAGUGGUUUAUGAAGCCUUGAGGAUCGAGCCUCCUGUACCGUACCAGUACGGGAAGGCCAAGGAGGAUAUCGUGAUCCAAAGCCACGAUGCCACAUUUGAGAUCAAGAAAGGUGAGAUGAUCUUUGGAAAUCAGAAUUUUGUUGGGAAGGAUCCGAAGGUUUUUGAGAACCCAGAGGAGUUUGUGCCCCAUAGGUUUGUGGGGGAGGGAGAGAAACUGCUGAAGUACCUUUACUGGUCCAACGGUCGUCAGAUGGAUGAUCAUCCGACGGCUGAGAAUAAGCAGUGCCCGGGAAAGGAUCUGGUGGUGCUCAUUUCCAGGUUAAUGUUGGUGGAGUUUUUCCUUCGAUAUGACACUUUUACCGUUGAUGCCGGCACGGUGUUGUUGGGUUCAUCCGUGACGUUCAAAUCAUUGACCAAAGCCUCAUGAAUUUGAUCAAACAUAAACUUUCAUUUUAUUUAUUUUUAAUGAUUCAAUUAAUCCUAUAUACCCUAUAAAAUAAAAACUAUUCCUUGUAAGCCUUGCUAAUUUUUUAUUUUUUAUU